UGUUGCUCUAUGCCCUAGGAGUUGUUAUUUUAGCUUAUGGUCUGGGUUUUUACAAACUUUCCUUUGCCUAUGUUAUCAUAGUUUUGACAGUUACUGCAAACUUAGUCUUGACUCGAUUUAGGAAACUACGUUCCCGAAUAAAUCUUGAAGUUAGACAAAAAAAAAGCAAUUUGAUUGAAGAACUUGAGACAACCCAUUGGCUCAACGAAGUUGUGAACCGAUUGUGGAAGACUUAUGGUGACCUAGGCGCCGAGAUGGUGGCCACUACGGCUGAACCCUUUUUGGAAAUGUUUAAACCUCCUGGUGUAAAAAGUAUUAAAAUUACCAAGCUGGAACCCGGAACUACGGGGCCUCGAGUUGUGGACGUUAAAACUUUAAAGAAAACUUUUCCUAACCAAGUUAUAAUGGAAUUAAGAAUAAUUUUGGACGCUGCUGAUUUCCGUUCUGAGUUAACUACUGUCAUGGGCUUCAUGCCUGCCCCUUUGGAAGUAAGCGAAGUUUACUUCGAAGGCACAGUUCGUGCGGACGUCCUCUUAACUGAAGAAUUCCCAUACGCUAGUGUGCUUAAAAUCUCCAUGUUAGAAAAACCAAAAGUCGAUUUUUCUGUAAAACCACUUAUUAGCAUGGACAUCAUGAAUCUUCCCGGUUUUAGUGCUUGGCUUCAUAAUAUUAUCACUGAUACGCUGGUAACAACGUUUGUUGACGACGUCGUGGAAGUUGAUUUAGGUUCCAUCUUAAAUCCGAAGGACACUUACGUGCUAGAAAGGACUGCCAUCGGAGUUCUCGUUCUUAACGUAUAUCGGGCUUCGAACGUACGGAAAAUGGAUAUUUUGCUUGGUUCUAGCACUCCAUUUGUACGGCUCGCCAUUGGUUCGGAUCAUGUUGAAACGAAAAGUCACUCGAGGACGCUGAACCCUCAGUUUGACGAAACGCUGAGAAUUAUGGUCAGAGAUAUCGAAGGAACCUGCGAGAUAGCCCUUAUGGACCGCAGUGCCUUUCAAGGGGACCGCUGUAUCUACAAGGAGGUUAUAAGCGUGCCUAAGCUCUGCAAACUGACGGAGAAGCCCGUCCCCUUCAGAAUCCAGAUGGAAAAGGGAGCACUCGAGUUGUCCUCUCUGUAUGUUGAGAUCCCACCUUUUGACUUUGAUAAGGAAAAUGAAUUGGAUGAGGCAGCCUUGAAUGACAAAAAUGAUAAAAAGUUCAAGUUGGAGAAGACAUCUGGUCACAAGGACCCUAAAGUUCACAUAUAUGAGCAGCGACAAGGCAUUCUUCGUUUAAAAGUCCUUCGAGCUAAAACACUUAAAGGAAGCGAUCCAUCUUCGCUUUUACUUCCAUAUGUACUCUUUUAUGUCAACGACAAGAAGCAAUUUCAGACGGAGCCACGAUGUGGGGUUAAUCCGGAGUGGAAUCAAUGGUGCGAGGCUUUGAUAACCGAUGUCCAGUCGGUGAAACUCAAGUUUAAAAUUAAGUCGUACCACUUCUUGAAAGUUCAUGAAAAUCUUGGAGAAAUACUGAUCAACAUCGGUACCUUAUUGAACACCGAAGAUUUUGCCGUCCGUCAGAAAUGGUUCGACACUUGGAACGGGACAGGCUCCCUAUUGAUAUCGCUUUAUUAUACUCCCAUGUAUUUGGGCGAGGAGCUCAUCAGCCACAAAGCUCAAAAGAAAAUAGACAAAAAGGAAGCUAAAAAACUGAAAACUCCGCUAGUGGACAAGAACUCAAAGGAACCCCUCGGGACUCUCUGCAUCGUGAUCCACUCGGCUAAGGAACUGGAAGCUUCCGACUCGGACGUCAUCUCCGACCCUUUUGUGAGCGCCAGCAUUGACAAGCACUACAUCUUCAAGACAACAAAAAAGAAGAAAACAACUUUUCCGCAGUGGGAGGAAACUUUUGUCUUCCCCUCACACGAUCCCACCGGGCACUCCCUGCGUUUGGAGCUCCAUGACUACUCCCGCAUAUCGUUUGUAAAGUCCGGAAUGCUCGGCAACUGCGAGUUGGACUUGGCGCUGAAGGACCUGCCUUAUACUGGUUGGAAGCCGCUAACAGGCGUUAACAAGGGCGAACUGAACUUCUCUGUUAAGUACUCUCCUCCAUCUUGACGGAAGUUUCAUUAAACGUUUUUUUUUUA